CCAUCGAACCACGAAAAGAAACGAUGAUGCUUAAUGGGGAUUCGGGUCCGGGUCAGGAUGAACCCGGUUCAAGCGGGUUUCACGGCGGAAUCCGGCAAUUCCCGUUAGCAGCUCAGCCGGAGGUUAUGAGAGCUGCUGAGAAAGACGAUCAAUACGCUUCUUUCAUCCACGAAGCUUGCCGCGAUGCCUUCCGUCACCUCUUCGGUACAAGAAUCGCUCUAGCUUACCAGAAAGAGAUGAAGCUUCUUGGGCAGAUGCUUUACUAUGUUCUAACCACAGGCUCAGGGCAGCAAACUUUAGGAGAGGAGUACUGUGACAUUAUACAGGUUUCAGGACCUUAUGGACUGUCGCCUACACCAGCUAGGCGUGCUUUGUUCAUUUUGUACCAGACUGCAGUUCCUUAUAUUGUAGAGAGAAUAAGUACUCGAGCUGCGACGCAAGCAGUUACCUUUGAUGAGUCUGAUGAGUUUUUUGGUGGUAGUUCCCGGGAGAGUGGUAGUCAUGACCAGUCAUUGUCAAUGAUAGAUCUUUCAUCUUCUUCUCAACUUGAAACUUCGGCUUCUGUAGUAUCUAGGUUAAAAGAUAGAGUUAAGAGAUUUUGGCACCGAGCUAUUCAGAGAUGGCCUGUGGUUCUCCCUGUUGCUCGCGAAGUCUUACAACUGGUUCUGCGUGCCAAUUUGAUGCUGUUCUACUUUGAAGGUUUGUAUUACCAUAUAUCGAAACGUGCAUCCGGGAUUCGUUAUGUUUUCAUUGGAAAGCAACUGAAUCAGAGACCUAGAUACCAAAUUCUUGGGGUUUUCCUUCUAGUACAAUUGUGUAUCCUUGCUGCUGAGGGAUUGCGUCGGAGUAAUUUAUCAUCUAUCGCAAGCUCAGUUCAGCAGGCAUCUAUAGGAUCUUAUCAAACUUCAGGAGGAAGAGGGUUACCUGUUUUAAACGAAGACGGAAAUUUGAUAACUUCAGAAGCUGAAAAGGGAAACUGGUCCACCUCUGAUUCAGCUUCAACUACGGAGGCAGUAGGGAAAUGCACUUUAUGCUUAAGCAACCGUCAGCACCCAACUGCCACUCCUUGUGGUCAUGUGUUUUGUUGGAGCUGCAUUAUGGAGUGGUGCAAUGAGAAGCAAGAAUGUCCACUUUGUCGAACGCCCAAUUCCCAUUCAAGUUUGGUAUGUUUGUAUGAUUCUGAUUUUUAAGCACAACGGAUCAACAAUGAUAGCACACUGCAGAAGACGAAGCUCAAGGAGUUUCCAUUUCUCCUUAGCCCACACAAGCUUGUAAGGUGACAACUUUGGGCAUUGCAUCUGGUACAGGAAUGGACUCUGUUUUGGCUUCAGACUUGGAAACUCAGAUCGUCAAGUUAUGGGAAGACAUAGAAUAAAUGUAUUUCAAAAACUUCAUUUAUUUAUGAUAUUUAGUGCAGAAGCCAUAGAGGUUUGGAUAUGUUAGGUGGAUUUUAGCAUUCUAUAUUACUCUUUACUCUUUAGUCUCUUUUAUCUUUCAUAAUAAUCUCAAUUGGAGAUCUAUUACAAGAUUCUCAUA